AUGUCACAUGUCACAUGUCACGAGCACCCUCGCCCUACAUCAGACGCGCGCGCGGCAAGGACCAGCCCGCGCACUUCCUCUACUAGCGGGCACACUGCGCCGUGUCGCUACAUGUCACAUGUCACAUGUCACGAGCACCCUCGCCCUACAUCAGACGCGAGCGCGGCAAGGACCAGCCCGCGCACUUCCUCUACUAGCGGGCACACUGCGCCGUGUCGCUACAUGUCACAUGUCACAUGUCACGAGCACCCUCGCCCUACAUCAGACGCGAGCGCGGCAAGGACCAGCCCGCGCACUUCCUCUACUAGCGGGCACACUGCGCCGUGUCGCUACAUGUCACAUGUCACAUGUCACGAGCACCCUCGCCCUACAUCAGACGCGAGCGCGGCAAGGACCAGCCCGCGCACUUCCUCUACUAGCGGGCACACUGCGCCGUGUCGCUACAUGUCACAUGUCACAUGUCACGAGCACCCUCGCCCUACAUCAGACGCGAGCGCGGCAAGGACCAGCCCGCGCACUUCCUCUACUAGCGGGCACACUGCGCCGUGUCGCUACAUGUCACAUGUCACAUGUCACAUGUCACGAGCACCCUCGCCCUACAUCAGACGCGAGCGCGGCAAGGACCAGCCCGCGCACUUCCUCUACUAG